AUGGGUCGGCGCCCGCCCUUCUUCUUCCUCUUCUUCUUCUUACUCUCCUGCCUCCUCCUCCUCUGCCUGGCCCCACUGGCUCGGGGCGGCGCCGCCAAGGGUCCCGGCCGGGCCAAGGGGGCCAAUUCCGCUCCCUGGAGGCGAUCCGCGGCCAUGGAGGACGAGGCGGAGGACAAGGAGGCCUCCCGGGAGCUGCCCCCCGCCGUGGCCUUCUUCCUCCGCACCGGGGACUCCCGGGCGCUGAAGCGGGCCAACUGCUCGGGGCGCUUCGAGCUGGGCUCUUGGGCCGGGAAGCCCCGCUCGCUGGCCUCGCACCCGCCGCUCCAGGCCGCCCUGGACGCCCUCCUCCACGCCGCCAACUUCCUCAGCACCGUCCUCCAGAGCAACCAGAGCCGCGAGCUCAACUUGCCCGACGACCUGGAGUGGUACCGCGUCCUGGUCCGGAGCCUCCUGGAAGGCAACCCCGGCAUCUCCCGGGCGGCGCUGACGCUCAGCCCCGAGGCGCCGGCCCCCUCCGCCCCCGCCGCGCCCCCGCAGCAGGUCCUGCUCCAGGCCAUCCGCCAGGACAGCCGCGUCCUGCUCCAGGACCUCUCCGCCGCCGCCCACCGCCGCCUGGGCAACGCCUCCCGGGAGGCCGAGUGGUUCCACGCGUGGAGGCGCAAGGAGAGGAGGCCCCACCCGCCCCGCAAGGGCCCCGCGCCCGACGCAGCCCGCAGGAAAGGCGGCCCCGCCGGAGAGAAGGGCCACGUCCACUGGUCCCCGCCCUUCCUGGACUGCGAGGACGGCGCCUACAAGCCCGCCUGGCUCCUCAGCCUCUCCGCCGCCUUCUACGGCUUGCAGCCCAACCUCCUCCCGGAAUUCAGGGGUGUCGUAAAAGUGGACAUAAACCUGCAGAAAGUGGACAUUGACCAAUGUUCUAAUGAAGGCUGGUUUUCAGGAACUCACACAUGCCAUUUAAAUAGCACCGAGUGUAUGCCAAUUAAAGGCCUUGGAUUUGUACUUGGAGCCUACACAUGCAUUUGUAAGACUGGAUUCUAUAAUCCCCAAAUAUUUUCAAUGAACAGCUUUCACAGUUUGCAACAGUUGAAUGAAGCUGAAGACAAAGGAAGAAAAGAGGCAGAGAGAGAAACUGGGACACUAUUAAAGCAAUUUAUAAAGUUGGACAACAGAGAAUUGCUCAGGACUGCUAAAUUACAACUGUUGGAGGGGAAGGAUGCAGAGAGCCAAUUUUAUGGAGGCGAGAUGGCUGGGGAAGUCUAUGCCUGCUUGCCCUGCAGGGAAGGAUGUUCCUACUGUACAGAUGACACUCCCUGCUAUGCACAGGAGGACAAGUAUUUACGGCUCGCUAUCAUCUCAUUCCAAACUCUCUGUAUGCUGUUGGACUUCAUCAGCAUGCUGGUGGUCUACCGUUUUCGUAAAGCAAAGAGCAUCAGAGCAUCAGGACUCAUUCUCUUGGAGACUAUCCUGUUUGGGUCACUGCUUCUUUAUUUCCCGGUCAUCAUUUUAUACUUUGAACCAAGUGUAUUUCGCUGUAUUCUCCUAAGAUGGGUACGUCUUUUAGGAUUUACAACUGUAUAUGGGACUGUUACACUCAAGCUGCACAGGGUUUUGAAGGUGUUCCUUUCUCGAACAGUUCAACGAAUUCCAUACAUGACAAGUGGACGAGUGAUGAAGAUGCUGGCUGUGAUUUUUCUGGUAGUGGUUUGGUUCCUUACAGGCUGGACCUCGGCAGUCUGCCAAAACCUGGAGAGAAAUAUUUCACUCAUCGGCCAAGGGCAAACGUCAGAUCAUCUGAUCUUCAAUAUGUGCCUGGUGGACCGGUGGGAUUAUAUGAUGGCUAUCGCUGAAUUUUUAUUCCUCUUGUGGGGUGUUUAUCUCUGCUAUGCAGUGCGGACAGUACCCUCGGCGUUUCACGAGCCACGUUAUAUGGCUGUUGCAGUUCACAUUGAGCUCAUUAUAUCUGCUGUAUUCCACACAAUUAGGUUUAGUCUUGCCUCAAGACUUCAGUCUGAUUGGAUGCUGAUGCUGUUCUUUGCACACACACACUUGACUGUGACAGUCACCGUUGGGUUACUUCUGGUCCCGAAGUUUUCCCAUUCAAGCAAUAAUCCAAGAGAUGAUAUAGCUACUGAAGCAUAUGAAGAUGAGCUUGACAUGGGAAGGUCUGGAUCCUAUCUGAACAGCAGUAUCAAUUCAGCUUGGAGUGAGCAUAGUUUGGACCCAGAAGAUAUUAGGGAUGAACUGAAAAAGCUGUAUGCUCAGUUGGAGAUCUAUAAAAGGAAAAAGAUGAUCACCAACAAUCCACACCUCCAGAAAAAGAGGUGCUCCAAAAAGGGCUUGGGCCGUUCAAUUAUGCGAAGAAUUACUGAAAUCCCAGAGACAGUCACCAGGCAGUGCUCGAGGGAAGAAAAGGACCUUAUGGAGCACGGGGUUUCAAAGAAUCCUGCCACAACAAAGAAGAACCCACCAGAUUCAAGUGGGCACAUCAAGCCAAAGGAGGAAUCACUGAGAAACAGAGUCUUCUCAUUGAAAAAGUCUCACAGCACUUAUGACCACGUCCGAGACCCAACGGAAGAGUCAAAGACCUUAACUACAGAAAGUGUGGAAGUCAUAACAGCUACGGAGAACUCCCUGCUGGAUUCUCCUACAGGGAAAAAACUUACCAAAAAAGCAGAAGAAAAAAAUGAAGCUGUGUCCACUGAAAAUGUCCCUUUAGUGUGUAAAUCAGUGAGUGCCCACAAUUUAAGUGCAGAUAAGAAACCCCUCCACCCGAGAACGUCUGUGUUACAGAAAUCGCUUAGUGUUAUUGCUAGUGCCAAAGAGAAAACACUGGGGUUAGCAGGGAAAGUGCAGAAUGAAGAAAGCAGUAAAUCCCACAAGUCUCAACAAAAGGGCAAAGAGAUGAGCAAAAAGCAUUCGGGCUCAGAGAAAAAUGACUCUAAAGAUUCCCAUCGGAAAAACUCUGCCCACACAGAAGAAUCAAGGAAGCCUCAUAAAUCAGGGAUAAUGAAGCAACAGAGGUCCAACCAGACCUCUGGAAAUCCUGAUGCAGGAGCAGGUAAGUCACAGCAGAAGAACAGUGUUGAUAUAGGAGAGGUUUGCCCUUGGGAGAUCUAUGACCAAAGUCCAGGGGCUGGAACGUCUGAUUCUAAAAAGCAUGUCUCCAUUGUUUCCGCUGAAUCCGAGAAACUUCAGGUGAAGGGCAAAGCUUCUGAAGGUCCUCAGCUACCCAAUCAAAAGAGCACAGAGAGAUGUGAAGUUUGCCCUUGGGAAAGCCAAGAAUUGGUGGAAGAGCAGAAAAAACUGAGCCCCAAGUCUCAACAGGAAACUCCUCUGCUCAAAAGUGAAAAUCUUAAUAAACAUUAUGUCACAGAUGUUUACGGUGAAGAUCCCAAGGAACAGAUCCAAAAGACCACCGCACAAACUACAGAGAAAGGUUUUCUCAAUAAACUGAGUGAUCAGACCAAAAGUACAUCCUCUUCUCCAGCGGGGAAAACGCUUCCCUCUGAUUCAAGUAGGCCAACAACUAGUAACUCACAGAAACCUUUAACAUCUCGGGUAGACAUCUGCCCCUGGGAGUAUGAAGCACCAGAGUUACCAGUAGUGGAAACAAGUAUAGCUUUAUCCAAUGCAACCAGUUUAAGCUCAAAUAAAACAGCCACAAAUCAUAAAUAAGAGGACUUAGACUGUCAAAAGAGAAGUGACAGCAGAAAAGAAGGGAAAAGGUCAGAAGGAUCUGCAAGUUCCAAAGAAGCAUCACUUGACCAAGCGAUGAGCAUGCUGAACAUAUAGGAACUAGGCAAAGUCAGUUGUAUUUUGUUUGUCUGCUUAUCAUUGAGUGCCAACAGUGUUAUCAGUGCAAUCCAGGCCCAGUACAGCUCCUUCUCCUAGUCCCUAAAGAGUUUACAUUCCAGAUGAUGAAAAUAUGCCUUUAGACUUUUAUUUGACUAUUUUUGCAAAAUGUAUGGGCUUGGUAAGUAGAAUACUUGAAAGUACCUGAAAUUAAGUGUAAUUAUUACUAGAGGCCCUACGUUGGUUGCAAGUGGGCAUGAAUUCAGUAAAUAUAUAAAAAAAUCAAAUGGAGUUGUUCUAAAAAUCCUUGAAUCAGAUGCAUAAUACCAGUGAGACUUUGAGCAAAUAGAUGCCUAGGAUAGCUUAGGUACCAAUGAGCAACUUUCAGAAACAAAAGUGAUGACUUUUCAGUUUUCUUCAUCUCUAUCCUUGAUGGCACUGCUGACGUAAUUGCACCCCCCCCCCAGUUAUAUUUUUAUAUGAUUGCUCUCGUUUUUCUUAUAAAUGUGCAUACUGUUUUGUCUCAUAUUAAAGCAUUCCAGUUUCUAUAAUGUUUGCAAAUAACUUUGAUAUAAUUACGUGGUUCCACAAAUUUAUGCAAUCUGCAAAAUAUAUAUAUCUAAUGUUGCAAUCCUUUUUUAAAAGCAGCUCUAGUCUUUUGUUUAUUUCUAGGGUGUAUUGCAAGCUCAAACAGGCUCAUGAAGCCAUUAAAGAAAACAUUGUUUGUUUUCACCCUGUUGUGAUUUCUGCUGUGGGUUUGUUGUUUUACUCUGUUAGGUUCAAUUAUUAUUUAAUACUGUAUGAUUCAGGGUUUUUAUACGAGGUAUGUUUCUUGCUUGCACUUGUCCAUUUAUGAUGGUUACUCGCAGAAGCUGUCCCCAUAGGGAGGUGCACUCCUGAUAAUCAUGAUAGUAUUUCUAUAGAAAGCAGGCACUGUUCAAAAAUAAGCCUGAGAACAACAUAAUCGUUGUUUCUCAGAAAACAUGUUUAGCAUUCCAGAGGUACUGCUUUAAUAAUUCCUCAUCAUGAUGUUGCUCAGUUUUACACUGAGUGCACUAGAAAGGAAGAAAAAUGUUGAGUGGUAGAAAAUAUAUUCUCGUGAGUGUGUGUAGCUUUUUUAUUUUGGUAAUGCUGUCAGAAUUCAUUUUAGGAAGAGGAAUGAACUUGAGAGGCCUUGUUUAUCACGUUGUUAAGCUUCAUAGCUCAGAAAGUGAGGCGACCUCCCUGACUUUAGCUAAACCUAUUAAGAAAGUGAAUGAUAGGAAAAUGAAGGCAGGGAAUUUCCGUUUUGAUGCAUCACUUGCUGAGAAAUUGUACAGCCAGAUCCUAUGCAUGUUUACUCAGAAACUAGCCCUGCUGAGUUCAGUGGAGCUUCCUUCUAAGUAAAUUUGUAGAUUAAGGAUUGCAGCCUUAAUCUGCUGAAUGUUUUUGUAAUCCUUAUUAUUAAUCAUUUUAUAGCACCUUUAAUGUUGAUAAAUACCUUAUAGUCUACCUUACCGCCAUACCCCAUCCCUUUGCUGAUCAUGGUUGCCAGUGUUUGACCUAGAUAUUGUCAUUCUUGCUUUAACACCAGGUCUGUCAGGCAACAUUCUGGAAACAUGCCCGUAGUUUCAAUGCUAUAGUUGCCCAGCUAUUCAUUUUGCUAUAUUGUUACUAGCAGGGCUCCAGCUUUGCCUUAUAAUGGGUGGGUGGGUGGUGGUUGAAUGGUGAAGGAUCCUGUCAUUGUCAGUUUCACUACAUACUACAGGUAGGAAGUUCCUUGAGCAGUAUGAAGGAAGUUCUGGGACAGUACAACCAGGUUUGCUUUAUUUUAGAUGAGAAAAUAAGGUGUUCCAGCUGUAUUUGCAGGGAAUAUGUGAAUGCAAAGACUUACCCUCUUCAAGACAGAGGAUUUCCCAAAGAUCAAAGCUGCACUAUAUGUGCCACCUAAUUUAUUUGCAGACCCUUAGAUACAACCUUACAUCUCUCCAUGCACCACUGGAGCAGGAAGGGCAUCACUUUCUUCAUGUGAACCCAUAGAUGGAUUCCUUCUGGAAACACUUUCUAUAAACCUACACUUUCUAUAAACCACAUGCCAACCAGAAGUUUAUUUAUUACCGUUUUCAGAAUGCUGCAGUCAGCAUAGCUACUGAUAAUGUUGGCAGAGGUGAAGUCCAUUCAAAUAAUUUUCUAAACUAGCCAUCAGUCCCUACACCAUAAAAGCUAGCCAUCAGAUCAGCUGAAGAAGGUCCAAUUCAGUUGACAAUCAGAAUGCAAGGAAGAUGAUUCCACUCCUCUCCUACCAGCCAGCAUAGAUGUGACAACCAAAAGCAGUCCUUGUCACAGCCUUGCUUACUGAUGGGAAGGGGGUGAUCUCCUUGUACCUUUAGUAACCGGAAGUUAAAUAGAUCUCCAAAUGGCUGUUAAGACUGGUUGAGAGUAGGAUCAGACCAAGAGACAUUACUUAGUUAUGUAUCUAUGCACUGGGCAACUCAACUGUUUGUCAUUUAAUCCUCACUGAGUUAGGUGACUGUUUAGUAGGCCACAGAAUAAUCUAAUGCAGGGGUUCCUAACCUUUGGUCCUCUGGUUGUUUUGGACUUCAACUCCCAGAACUCCCAGCCAUUUUACCAGCUGUUAGGAAUUGUGGGAGCUGAAGCCUAAAACACCUAGAAGACCAAAGAUUGGGAACCACUGAUCUAAUGCAAAUGAUGCAGUUCUGAUGUUGAAACUAAAUAGGUAUAGCUGUGGAAGUCACCCGAAUUGGAAAUAUCCUGAAAAUAAUUUGGAGGCUGAUUUAAGGGUUUUUUGUAGAAAAUGUGUUCUGAUCUGAAUAAGUGUAUGUUGAUGGUUUCCCCAUAGAGAAUCUGUUCCAAGUUUAGUCAAAACAUUAGAGAAGCUGUCUUAAAUGUUAAAACUUAGUUCACAAAUUGACGGCAGCUUGGGUCCCCCCCCUCAAUGCAUUUUACCUCCCUUGAAUGAUUGAUAAAGGCUGUGUGGCCAUAGUUUACCCAAAAAUUGUGAAUACCUAUCCAAGCGUUGCCCCAAAAUGUGAUUGCCAGUCCAUCAAAAUAUAUUGCCCACAAUGAAUUAUGUGUCAGUUUGUCAAAACAGCCUUCCAGGAUAUCAGCUCCCAUUAUCCCUGAACAGUACCAUGUUGGAGAUGAUCAGCUCUGGAAUCCAACAGAAUCUUGACAGCAAAAGGUUUCCCAUUGUUGUCACCAAAAAAUCUAUUUGUUUACAUAAAAGAACAUGCCCUCAGUUCAGUUCUGUCUACUGCAAUGAAUGGAAGAAACAGUAUUCUCAGCUUCAGCAUUUAAAAUAGAUUAACUACAGAACUCAGCAUUAUAUGCUGCUAGCCAUUACAUUAAUCAGCACCUUUGUCCCAUAGUGCAGGCAAGGCAGUUUCAUGGAGUGGAGGUAGUGCAAGGAAAAAAUAGAGAGGUGGUGAGGGUUAUGUAGGUCUACUGCACAGUGUAGGCAUCAAUGCCUUUGAGACUCAUGUACAUGAGGAAAAGAUCCAUCUUGGAAAUCUUUGAUCAUGGCUUCUAAUCCAGAGCAUGCAACACAAAAAAGUGUUCAUGGUUAAGAACAGAAUAUGAGAAGGUUACUGUCGUAGAUCACAACUCCCAGUGCCCCCCAGUCAUCAUGACCACUGGGAAUUGCAUCCUUCAAAAAUAAGUUUUCCAUUAUUCUUCAGAAGAGCAAUUGGAAAUAGACAUGAACCUCAUUUGCAGGGUGUAUAUGUAGAUAUUCAUACAAAGCUAAAUGGCAGCAUGUCUUCUUUGUCACUACCCUCUCACUGAAAUAGUGCUUGCUUGUUUGGUUUAUUAGUAGUCACCAGGGCUGUUGUACACUAACAGUUGGAUCCAGACUUCUGUGCUGAUUUGCUGAAAUCAUUUGGGACACACAUCAGUCAUGAGGCUAUUCCAAGCAUGGCCAAAUCUUGGUGACUUACACUUGUGUAAAUCAGGAGUUAUAUAAACAUAAGUCCUUUCACCAACAUUGUAUAACAAGCUAUCAUUGUGUGAUCACUUCCCCCAAGCUGUGAAACAGCUGUCAGACAGUGUCCAGGUACAGCUCUGUACCUUUAUCCUCAAUGGCUAUUGACUGGCCCAAAUGGUCUUCUGAGAGAGCUCCUUGGGAUUAUAACCCAGUUGACAGCAUUCAUCGUUGUGUGUCUCUCAGAUCUCCUGCCUAACCAUUUCAUCCCAUGGGUUUCAGACUACAUUUCCAUGUGCUUGGAAAACAGAGCCCCUCAAGAGUCCCCUGGAGUCCAUCAGACAGUGUAAUGACACUUCCUGUGAGACUGCGUGGUGCUCUUCCCAAGAGCCCAAAGACCUCUGUCAGGAAUCAGCUGUCAAUCGACUCCUGAUAGAGAAAGAUGGGGUAAAGCGGAGUAAAGACGGGGGAAGACAGUGAAAGGACAUGGGAUAGAUGGCCAUCCAGAAGAUGGCAGAGACAGAAUGGAACAGGGUAAGACAUUUCCCCCAAUUGCCCCCAAUUUCCUCCUAACCUUCUGAUGAAGUCCUUCAUUUGCGGGUUGAAUCUUCAUGCUUCGCCAACACUAAAUAGCAUCUCAGCCCAAGUCUGGAUCCAACCCAGGGAAGCCCAUGGAGUUGCAGAUCCACUCUGAACUUUGUUGUAGUGGAGCUCUGUUCAGAAAGGACUUUAACAUUGCUACAUCCACAAGCCAUUCUCACAGCCCUUUGUAACUACAUCAGCAUUUGGGCCAACUAGGCCAUAUUAGCAUGCUAAUGCACAUCCAAUUCACCACAUUCUGCAUCCACAUAUACAGGUUAGUUGAUAUCAAAGCAUGGAAAAGUUACUUUAAAACCCACUAGUAUUAGCCAGGCUGUUUGGGACACUCUGUAGGGUGUUGUUCAGAGAAAAACAUUUUCAAGCUCUACCUUGUUUACAGUGAGUAAUAUCUAUUGUCAACCUAUUAUUCCCCUCCCCCUUUCCCCUCUGCAUAUAUUUUCCUAUUUGAUGGGUUAAAUAUAUGGAAUAACACACCAUUGAAUGCCUAUGGCUAUUGAAGGACCAGAGCAUAUUUGAUCAAGCAGGAGAUAUUGAGGUAUGACUGAAGAUUGUGGCCGGUGAAGGUACAGUGGAACUUGCCUUUAAAAGUGUGUAUAUUUUAUCUUACCAGAAGCCUUUUAAAACAAAAGAGAGUAAAUUGUAUUUUUCUUAAUCAGAGUACGUGGGUAUAUAUAUAUAUAUAUAUUGAUAUAUUAAAAAUAAUUAUAAUAUAAUAUAUAACAAAUAUUUAAGAAAUUAGUAAAAAUAAAGAUAUUACAAAUACAAAACAUCAACUUCCCUAAGAAAGCAUAAGAGUAAAUAACAGAUUGGGAAAACUGAAACAUAACCUUUGUAUUAUAAUGGUGAGGAAGAAAAAGAAAUAGGUUAGUAUUUCUCCCUUCCUCUGUACCAGGUAUAAAACCAUUUGCUUUUAAUUUUACAAAAUUGCAUCUUCAGUAGAGAGCUUAAGUGAUUUGGAGACCAGUAAACUAAAUCUGCAGAAAUGCAAGUAAAGUAGUAAUUUCCUAAUUUUUCUCUAAAGCUUAGGAAAAUUAAAUUUUACAUUACAACUUGCAGAAUCCUCUAACCUGGGAUUUGUGGGUCUGUAAUAAUACUAAUAAAAAAAACCUUUCCAAGCUUUGCUGUUUCCAGAGUUACACAGAUAUUGUCAAAUUGGUGGGACUAGUACAAUAUUGUGCUCAUUGUGUCAAGCCAUGUUGAGAAUUACAAACAUCUUCCUACAUUACCAUUUCCUAACAUAAACCUUAGACUACGUCUCCAGACAUUUGCAUGGAGUUGAAUUGCAGCCCAACACACUUGGAAGGCAUCAAACAAUCAUUCAGGGUUAGUAUAAAAUAUUCUUAGUGGGAGCAGCUUUUGCAGAAAGGCAAAGUUCAACAGUAUUGAUCUAAUAUUGGAGCUGAAGAUAGGGAACUAGUCUGAAACUAAGAUUGUGUAUUACAAUGGAAAUUUUAUUUUGUGACCCUAGAAAUUCUGGCAUAUUAGUAUUUAAAGCCCACAAAAUGAAAUUUCAUUGGUAGCCGAGAAAGUGUCUCAGUCCAGUUUAACAUAUAGACAUGACCAUUCAUGAUGUCUGGUUAUCAGGCCUAUUUCUUUUCUGAGACCUUGAAUGCUUUUGCAUCACAUGAAAUGUUUAUGAAUGUUCCAUAUUCUCACUCGAGUUGUGUACUGCUGUAAGCUUCAUAGAAACAGAAAUAUCUUUGUCAAAUGAGCUACUUAUUUUUUAUGGUCAUACAGUUACUAACAUUUGUGAUGCGGCUGUUAAUACUAAAAAAAAUCUUCAGCACCUUAGAAAACAAAGGACAACCAAAUACCACUGGACUUUCUGAUAUUGUACAUCAUUAUGAAUCUGGUAGAAGCAUUGCUGUAUCCCAUCAAACCCAAGGUAUCCUAACCGAUGUCCUAUGUUCCAUAGAUUCUACUCCACCAGCAUCUAUUAGCUAGAUUAUCCCUUUUUCCAGAGCUCCACCAAUGUUCUUCUGCCAAGAGAAAUGCAAUUCUAGGUUCACAAUGUUUUCUAGGAGAUCUGUGUAGAAGACAAGGAAUAUUUUGCUGUGCUCACAACCAUUUGCUAGAUUGUCUUUUUUCAUAAUGCAUGUGCAGGCUGCAUCUCUCCUUUGUUUCAAAGACAUGGUUUAUAAAGACAUAGAUUUAUACCAAUAUUCUUAGACCUGUAUAUUUUAUGCAAGACGUACCUGCUUUAAAAUAUAUAAAAAAGUGUUUUACCCAUUGUCAGCUUUGGUGGCAUUAUGGAUCUUUACAAAAAGUUAACAGCCAUUGGUUUUAUGUUUGCUGCGCUCCUCUGUUUUGCAUGCAUACAAUGACAGGUAGGCCUGAGAAAACACUGCCUUUUGACUCUGAACUUUUUAGCUACUCAAAGUUGUAGAAUAAAUGAAGCUGUGCGUCUGUUCACUCUAGUCUGUGGUUCUUCUAAAAAUAUUAUCUGGCAACCAACAGCAUUCAACACAAACUAUUUGAUAGAUUUAUGUUGUAAUGUAUCACAGCAUGUAAAUAAUAUAACUACUCUGCAAUAAAACACAUUUAUAUUUAAAAAA